AUGAAGUCUAACAAUUUUCAGAGUCUUUCGUCAGAUGAUGAAGAAGUAAACCUCAAUUAGGCAUCUGUUCGGACAGUCGAGAUACAGCGAGAGCUUGAAAACUUAAAAGAGCUAAUGUGCAAAGCCAAAAUCUCAGGCCCAGAGUUUCAAACUUUUAAAAUGCAAACACUUUCAAAACAGCAACAGAUAAAAAAUUUAAGCUAAAUUAAACAUUCCAGUCCUUUACUGCUUCAGAAAAUAUCUUAUUUUUUGUAAAAAUCAUAAAUUGCAGCUAUCUUUUAAUAUUUUUCACCUCUUAGUAGGUAUAUCAAUCAUAGAAAGCGUCCAUGAUAUUUUAUUACAAUACUCCAAAGGUCCUCAAAUUUAUUCCCUUCUUGCGAAUUUAUGUGCAAGUUACAAAAUUCCAUUAAAUAUUCCAGAAACCCUAUUAUUUAUUUCAUCUAUUCAAUAUCCUAUAUUUUUGCAUACAAAUAAAGGCUACAUCAACUGUGAAAUUUCAAAAAAUUCCCUUGACUUAUUUUUUGCUAAAACUGUCGAAAAUUUAAAUGAUAAUAAAUCCUACCCAAAAUAUAUACAUACCGCUAUGAAUGACAGAGAAAGGCUAUGCUUUUCUAUACAAGAAGCUAAAGAUUUAUUCGCUAAUUGCCCUCACUAUACCCACAGGCUGCAAAAAUAUAUAACACCUUCAACCAAUUUUGCAUCAAAAAUAAGGGUUCAUUGGACUUCUGCAAACAAAAUGCCAAAAAUGUACUCAAUUUCAAAUACAACUCCAAUUAUUAAUAGACAAAAUUAUGAAUCAAGGAUAUUGCCUUUAUCUAAAAGCCAAAAAUCAGAAAUAAAUAAAAAACUUAAAACUUCGCUGACUUUAUCAACGCCAUUCAGACCAAUUUUAAGAUCGAAAACAAGACAGCCAUCUAUAAUAAAUAAAAAUAAAAGUCCAGAAAAAAAUUUUGAGGAAAUCAAUAGCUCAUUUUUCCCAGAAACGCGGAAAACCCAUAAAAGAUAUUUCAGCUUACUCCCCCCCCCCCUCCGUGAGCGAACAAAAAAAAAUUUUGUUUCGCUCACGGAGGGGGGUUAAUUUUUUUUUUUAAAAAAAAUUUAUAUAUAAAUUUUAUAAAAAAAUAUUUUUUUCGAAAUUUAAAAAAAAAUCCUAAUUUGCAAAAAUUGGGAAGCAAAUAUUAAUUUAAUUUGCAAAAUUUAUGUUUUAAAACGCAAUUUGUUUUAAAAUUAAACAGAAUUAGCUCUAGAUUUCAUUAUACUAAUUAUCACUUAUAUAUCAAAAUUUUUUUCCAUUAAAUUUUUUUCUAUUAAAAAAAUUUUUGUUCACUCACGGAGGGUGGGUUUUUGGUCAAAAAAUGGCGAUUUUUCUAAUGGUUUUGUUCGCUCACGGAGGGGGGGGGGGGGAGUUAGGCGAUUUCACAGUGGAAGACUCUAAUAAACAAUCUGAGGAAACAGAUUUUAGCAAAUUCACUGCAAAAAUUGAGAAUUAUGAGAAGGUAAAUGUAGUUGCUAGUUCUCAGCCUAUUUCAGAAAUAAAUAAUCAGCUUAAAACGAUUGCAAGCUUAAUAAACACUUUUAUGAUAAAAAAACAAAAUUGCCUUGAAGAGCUUUUAGUUGACUUUAUUAAAGACUCUAAAGGGAAUUUUUUAUUUUUAGCUUGUAAGCGAUACAAAAUUAAAGGCGAAAAAUCUAAUGAAAAAGGUUCAUGAAUUUGAGUAAAUUAUGGAGUGAGGUCUUUAGAGACACCGAAUACAUUAUAAUUUAAAAUGCAUGUACUGUGGAAUUAGCAGACUAGCAUACAGGUAACCAUCCUCUAAAUUCGGGUUUAUAUUAGCUAUUUGAAAUUUGUUAAACGGCUAUGUUAUUAAUUUUCAAAUUCCCUAUGUGUCGAAUUUGUAGCUACCAACCUCCAUAAUUCUAAUAAUUACUGUUAUUUUUUUUCUUAAAUUUACUAUUAAAUUAUACAUACCUGCAUAUUAGUUUGUUAAAUUCCCCAGCUACAUAUAUUUUUAAGUUAUAAUGUAUUAGCUGCCUCUAAAGACCUCACUCCAUAAUUUGUUUAAAUUGCAUGAACCAAUGAAAACUUUCCUUUGAAAAAACUGCCAUCAAAACAUAAUAUUCAGAUACCUUUCCCUGAGAUUUUUAUAAGUGAAAACCAAAGCCCAGAAAAAGACCAAGAAAUUGAUGAAAAUUUGUAUAAAACUCGAAUGAUGGCUCAUAAAGAGCAAAUUGCUAUAGAAAAGACGCAGCUUUUAAUAGAAAAACAAAGCUCAGAGCUAGAAAUCAAAAAAAGCUUAAAUGUGAGCUUCGCUGAAAUUUCAGAAAAAAAUAAAGAGGACUAUUUAAUCCAGAGAAAAUCUGAUAAAAAUGGGAAAAUUCCUUAUAAUAUUAUAGGAAUUAUGCCACAUAAUAAAAACAACCAAUUAAUCUCUUUUAUUGAAAAACAAAAAGAGCCUGCUUUAAAGCCUCUUCGACAUAAAGAAAGGUCUAAAAAUUUAUUUUGGAUUGGCAGUCAUCAGAUUUCUCCUAUGAAAUAUACUGAAAUUAUGUCGAAGUCUAUAGAUAAAAUUGCAAAAAAUUUUGAUAAACGAAAAAGAGCUGCAGAAGAAGGAAGAAAAGGAAUAUUUUACUUUAAGAUAGCUAAGCCUAGCUUAUGGUAAUAAUUAUUAUUAAUUUUCUGCAGAAAUCAAGGCAAUUAUUUUAUUAAUGCUAUGCUUAUCAAUUUAGAUCGCUAUAAUAAAAAAGAAAUUAUAAAUAAUUCGCUAAUUUAG